ACAAGAUUCUCCGCCUACGUAGGAAAAUCGAAAGCGAUAGUAAUUCCACACUGUGACGAAAAUAAGCCGCAUUUGAUCUGAUCUGUUCAGAUUUUUUUUUUUCUGGUCAUCGGUCAAAUCUGUGGAUAACUUCGCGAUAAUGAAGCUCCAGUUUCUGCUCUCGAUCCUCUCCGCCUGCUGUCUGCUGUCUGGGUUGGACUCAGAAGAGCCUAAGGUCAUUGGGUCACAUGACACAAUUACAGCAGCCGUCGGUGAGGAUGUCAUCCUGCCGUGUCACCUGGAGCCACCGUUUGAUGUCCACAAUCUAACAGUGCUGUGGAAACACAAUGGAGCUGCUGUCCACACCUACAAGAGCAGGGGGGAUAAUCUAGACGCGCAGGACAAGAGCUUCAAAAACAGAACACUUUUCUUUCAUGGUGAAAUGGUCAACGGAAACAUUUCUCUCAAACUCUUCAAUGUAACUGAACAGGAUAAAGGAGUCUACACCUGUGUUGUCCCCAGACUGGACAGUCAGGUCAGGAAGGGGAAUGUCACCCUGGAAGUUGUGCCAAAGGGAAAAGAGGAGGAAAUAGAAGAUGAUCCCACUUCAGGGCCGAGUACAGAUGAGAAUAAUCUCUCCACCGCUCAUAUCAUUGGCAUCACCAUUGGUGUGAUUGCCAUUAUUGUCAUUGUCAUUGUCAUUGUCGUCAAACGUAAGUCCCAGAUUUCUCUUCUCUUCAUUUUCACUACUUCCCAGGAUGCAUUUCUUUUUUAGUUUGCAGACAUGGUGGAAACUGAAUGUUUUCUUUUGAUAGGUUUGGUUGUUUCUUUUCACUAUAAUUAAAACUAUAACAGAAGCCACCUGUAUUGUUCUGGCAGCUCUGAGUUAAGUUAAAAUGAAGAAGAAAAUUUUCGCACGUAAACGAUCUAAAAGGAAAUCAACUGUGUCUGUAAAUAUGUCUGUAAUAGACGGUGUUGUAUUUGCAUGAGCUUGUCUAGACAAAAUAAUCACGUAUGUAUUUUCAUGUUUUAUUCAAACUUUUUCACACGAGUGUCCUUGACUAACUCAGUUCUUCUUUUUAACCAAAUAAACCUGCAGCUUAAUCAGAACUGUCAUGUUUAACUCAUGUCACAACAGAAAACACUGAGAGCCACUAACAAAUAACCUGUUUUGUGUUGUUUAGGUCGACGUGGGCAACAGGAAGAGAAUCCGGAUGACACAGUACUUUAAACGCUUCGUUCGGACCAAAACAACUAGUAUGUGAACAUCUCUCUGGGUCUCAGGAUGCAGCUACUAAAUGCAGCUUUUUUUAGUCCAGUACUAUUUUUUUUUUUAUUUAUUUUUUUUUAAAUCCGCUGCAUCGACAUUCUGUUCAAAACUACCCAGAUUGGAUGAGAUAUUCGCUAAAAUACUAAAACCUUUGAUAUGUGAAUGAAUAUUUAUUAGUUUUGAGUAAAAUGUGUAAAAAUAGCUCAGAAACUAUUGGCAUCAAGCAAAAAAUGAGAAUAACAAUAGAUUUCAAAUCUAUAGGAUAUAGGAUAGGAUUUAUUUUUUAUCAGUUUCACAGUAACCAUGCAGCAACAGACUGUAUAAUGAAAUUACAAUUGUUUUAAAUAUCAAGUAUUAAAAAUAGGACUGGGACUUUAAUGCGUGAUUUGUGAUUAAUUAAUUAGUUCUGCGUAAAAAAAUGCAUUUAAUCGCACAUUUCUCAGUUCACUAAUUUCUGGCAAAACAUGUUGCUGUUAGCACCAGAGCUAACGUAAGCUACAGUCCUGGUACCGGUAAAAGGUGUAGCAUCCAAUAAUAGACCACUUUUCCAGACAUUGAAAGUGCUUGAGUUUAUAAAAAAUCUUAAAAUGUUGAAUGUAAUCGCUGUAAUAGGACUUUGAGAUUGUAGUAACCUGUGAAUGUAGUAGACAAAUGAAAAAUGCAGAUAAAUAUAAAUGAAACAAACAUUUUUGUUGUUUAAGUUCAUGUAUAUAUCUGUUCAUUGAAUCACUCCUCAACCAAAAUUAAUUUGAGUUGAAAAACUUUGCUUAUUGUGUCAGAUAUUGCUAUUGGACAAAAAUGUGAUUAAUUGCAACUACUUAAUUAAUUCCAAACCUGUAAUUAAUUCAUUUUUUAAAAAUCACGUCCCACCACUAAUUAAAAGUGAAACUAUUUUUAUUAAUUCUCAUGCUUAUCAGGGAAUUUUAGUCUUAUUCUUUCAGUUGUUGUGAAACAGUUUUGGGAGUGAGUAAAGAUCAAAUAUGAAACAUGAUUCAAUCAGAAAAACAUUCUUAAUGAAAAUCUUACAAGGCCAAAAAUAAGACUAUAAGGCUUCAGGUUGUGUUAUUAUUUCGCUCUAGACAAUCAGAAGAAUAAAAAAGCCUUGAAAUCUUGUGCAGCUCCAGAGACUUAUACCUUCAGUGACCACGACGAGGAUUUAGACAGGAAGUGAAUCACAGAGUAAAACCUGACGUUACCUCAGAUCCUGCUCGCUGCAGAACAAACCAACCCUGCUGACUGAGUAUCAUCUUUGCAUCCAGCGAGUUGUUGCACUGCCUUCAUUUUGUUUCUAUCUGUUUCCUCAUGACAUCUUGUGAGGUGGUGCUGCUCUCUUUGGUAGAAUUACAUCCUAUAGUGUGUGCUGAGCCAAUAUUUUUACUCCACCGAGGAACCCGGGAGAGUUAUGUGAUGAUCGGAGUACGUUUGUCCGUCUGUUUGUCUGUUAGCAGCAUUACUCAAACACAGACUCAUGGAUUUGGAUGAAAUUUUCAGGGAAGGUCAGAAAUGACACAAUGACCAAGUGAAUAGAUUUUGGCAGUGAUGCGGCUUAUAGUCUGGAUCCAUGGAUUUGUUAACGAUUUCUGUAUUGCGAGAUAGCAUCACUGUAACUAUGACAACAAGUGAACACUACAUCAGCUGCCUGCUGACGAUCACAUGAUUGUGAUCCUACUACAUAUCAACCACUGUGGACUUAUUGGGACUUAUCCGUCGGAAAUGAUACAAGGAACAAAUUAUUAAAUUUUGGGGGUGCUUCCAUAAAUUCCGUGCAUAACACACACUUGUGCUCAGUGCGAGGUCAUUUUUUUAAUUGAAAAUCUCAUCUGUUGAAAAUGAUACAAAGACCCACUUGUUCUCUGCGGUACAUGAAUCCUAACUGUGAGGUACUGUGUCUUCUUAGAUAUUCUUUUUUAUCGGUUUUUAUCGGUUUUAUAGUUGUUGUUGUUGUUAUUGUGUUCUCUCAGCCAUUGUUUUUAUCAGUUAUCAUUUUAUUGUGAUUUAUCUGUUGCUUGCUCUGUAAAGCACUUAGAUUUGAAAGUGAUAUAUAAACAAAGUUCUUAUUAUUUAAAUCCGGUGUUGCCUUACAGAUGGUGCUGAUAUCUCAGGUCAGUUUGUUCAACAAGAACCUUCUCUGUGUCACUUUUUCCACGCUGUUUAUUACAUUUCUAGCAUUGAGUGACCACAGAUACCAACAACACUUUGACAUCUUUGCUGUUGUGCCUGUAUUGCAAUUGCAUAUUUGUUUAACCAAAUGUAUGGUUUGUGUGUUUCUAUGUUUUUUGUUGUUUUUUUCACCAAUCCCUAGUUGUGUAAGCGGUUAAUCAUUGGGUAAAACUGUGAUUGAAGGAAUAAAAUAUAUUUAAGUUUG